AUGCUCAAACCACAGAGUGAUGAGGAGGCCACGGUGAAUGCCACGAGAGCAAGGAGUUCCAGGAGACGCCUUGCUGCCACCUCGUUCCUCCCGGAGCUGCUCGUCGUGUGGGAGAUCCUCGUCCGCCUCCCGGCGGCGGCGCUCCUCCGCUGCCGCGCGGUCUGCCGCUCCUGGCGAGACCUCACCUCCACCUCCGAAUUCCUCCCCGCCCACCACCUGCGCCAGCCGUCGCUCCCGCUCGUCUCCUUCUGCGGCGAGAUCGACGCCUGCCGAAGAAACGUCGACGCCGGCCUCGACGCCUUGGACUUCCGGCGACGCCCCGCCGAGCGCCGCCCUGUGCUCCGCUUCAGCGACUACAGCCGCCGCGGCAGCUUCAAGGUCCACGCCUCCUGCGACGGCCUGCUGCUGCUGUCCCUCUCCAAUAAUACCUUCUACAUCUGCAACCCGGCCACGCGCCAGUGGACCACACUGCCCAGCCUCCAUGGCGGCGUCGCGGGGCUCUACCGGCACAGCUCGUCGGGCGAGUACCGCAUCUUGUACAAGCAGUGGACAGAUGAGGAUGAUUUCGUCUGCUACUACGUCCGCACCGUGGCCUCCUCCGCGAAGCCAACGUGCGUUGAGCCGCCAGCAGCUUCGCCGCCCAUGGGGCGCACGCCGUCGGUCCUGCUCCAUGGCUGCAUUCACUGGCUCCCCGACUGCUCGCACCUCGCAGGAAAAGGCCGGUCUGGUUGUUUUUGA